AUGUCGGAACUCUCGCUCGCGGGCCUGUCGGUCGCAGCCUCGUCGUCGCUCACGGCCUCGGCCAGCGGCGCCGAGGUCCCGCUCUCGCCCAACCUCCUGCGCAACCUCGGCGACCGGUCCUACGACAAGCGCAAGGGCGCGGCCCUCGAGGUCGAAAACCUCGUCAAGCAGCUGGCCGAGAGCGGGUCGCCGCAGGCGAAGGAGUCGAUUCCGCUCAUCAUCGACCUGCUCCAGCACCAGUUCACGUGCUCGACGAACGCCAACUACCGCAAGGGUGGCCUCAUCGGCCUUGCGGGCACGGCCAUCGGUCUCAUGCACGACGCCAAGCUCUACCUGGACCUGCUCAUGCCGCCCGUGCUGCAUUGCUUUGACGAUCCCGAAAGCCGUGUCCGGUACUAUGCCUGCGAGAGCCUCUACAACAUCGCCAAGGUCGCUCGCCAAGACAUUCUCAAGUACUUCAACCAAAUCUUUGACGGCUUGUGCAAGCUCUUUGCUGACGUCGACGUCGACGUCAAGAACGGUGCGAACCUCCUCGACCGGCUUGUCAAGGACAUUGUGACCGAGAGCGAGGUCUUUGACGUCGAGCUCUUCAUCCCGCUCUUGCACAAGUACAUUCGCAUGACCAACCCGUACAUUCGCCAGCUCCUCGUGGGCUGGAUCACGGUCCUCGACUCGGUGCCCGACAUUGAGAUGCUCGACUGGCUCCCCGAGUUCCUCGACGGUCUCUUCAACAUGCUCAGCGACGGCAACCGCGAGAUCCGACAGGCCGCCGACUCGGCGCUCACCGAGUUUCUCCGCGAGAUCAAGUCGACGCCGUUCGUGGACUUUGGCCCGAUGGUGCACAUCCUCGUUGCGCAGUGCCAGUCCAAGGAGCGCUUUACGCGCCUCACGGCUGCCACGUGGGUCCAUGAGUUUGUCGUGCUCGGGAAGGAGCGGCUCGUACGCUUCUACGGCGACCUUCUCGGUGCGAUCUUGCACUGCAUCUCGGACGCUGAGACUGAGAUCCGCAUCGUCGGCGAGCGUGCCAACUCGGACCUCCUCUCGCUUGUCAAAUCCACCGAGAGCAACGUGGACUUUAUGCCGCUCAUGUCGAAACUCAAUGUCGAGCUGCUCAGCGACCACAUUGCGACGCGGAUGGCGGCGCUGAGCUGGAUUGCCAUGCUACUGGAAAAGACGCCGACCCAGCUCACGACGCAUAUUCACUCGCUACUGCCAACGCUGCUCAAGACGCUCAGCGAUGCCGCGGACCCGGUUGUGCUCUUGGAUCUCGAAGUGCUCGCCCGCCUGAGCACGAGUCUGAGCCACCUCGAGUUCUCCAAGGUGCUCCAAGCCGUCAUUCAGCUCUUUGCGACCGACAGCCGCCUUCUCGAGAAGCGCGGCAGCCUCAUCAUUCGCAAGCUCUGCACGCUGCUGGAGGCCAAGAGCAUCUACAUGGUCAUUGCGACGGUGCUCUCGACGUACGAGGACCUCGAGUUUGUGUCGCUCAUGGUUCACACGCUCAACUUGAUUUUGCUCACGGCCAACGAACUCGAGCACUUGCGCACGAUCCUGCGCCGCAGUUUUGAUGUCGCGGCGUCCCAGGACGACAUGAACGUGUUUACGACGCUCUUUAAGACGUGGUGCCACAACCCCGUCUCGACGUUCAGCCUCUGCCUCCUCGCGCAGUCGUACGAGCUCUCGAACGCGCUCAUUUACAAGUUUAGCGAGAUUGAUGCGUCCGUCGGCUUUCUCAUGCAGAUCGACAAGCUCGUGCAGCUCCUCGAGUCGCCGAUCUUUAUCCAGCUGCGCCUCCAGCUCCUCGAGACCCAAGCACCGUACCACGCCAACCUCAUGAAGAGCUUGUAUGGGCUGCUCAUGCUUUUGCCGCAGAGCUCGGCGUUUCGGACGCUCCGGGACCGGCUCGCGAGCGUGACCCAGAUGACCAUGGCGAUUGCCAAGCCCGAGCAGCUGCCGACGCCGCCACGCGAGCCGCGCGUGCCGUUGGCGCCAUUGCUGCAGACGUUCGAUACGAUCCAAGCCCAACACACGGCCUUGCGCCACAAGGCGCUCGCUGAAAAGUCGGUGCUGCACCGCACGGCGCCCUAAGCCAACAGGCC